AUGCGUGGAGUUCCUGCUCAGACUGAGCAACAAGAACAGCAUCCUAAGGAGAUCGAGCUGUUUGGAAACUUUAGUUUUUCCUUCAGGCGUGAUAGACUGGAGAAUUUACCUUAUCGCACAUGGAUGUCGUUUUCUGCCUGGAACUUGUUGGUGGAUUCAGCAUUAACUGCAGCAGUGAAACAGGUUGUUACCACUGGAGAUCCUGUUCUAGAUUAUGAAACUAUGCCAAACAGCUUUGAUUUGCAGAUUUAUGUUAAUGAUGCAGCUGGGGCAAGUGACCUUCAAAUACUUACUGUCCAAAUAACAGAUGUUAAUGAACCUCCUGUGUUUCGUGGCAAUUUGGCAGACCAAACAGUAAUGAUUUAUAUCUUGGAGGGAAAUGGAACGCCUCCUGGAGUUAUUUACCAGAUUGAUGCAUCUGAUCCCGAACAGUCACAACUCACAUAUUCAUGUACUCCUGUGUCAGAGUCAUUCACUGUCUCUCAAACUGGAACCAUUUCUUCCACAAAAGAAUUUGAUUUUGAGAGAGAUCCACAUACUUAUUUGUUAAACAUAACAGUGACAGACCGCCUAGGGCUGAGCACUACCAGGACAGUGAUAGUCAACAUCAUUAACACCAAUGACGAACCACCUUACUUUACCACGAAAGAGAGAGUCUACAGGAUUCCGGAGGAAAACAGCCCAGGAACUGUUGUUGCCAAUAUAACAGCUAAAGAUCCAGAUGGUGAAGGCAUUAUCAGCACACUUGUCUACAGCAUCAGUCCACCUAAUAUGCAUUUCUCCAUAAAUCCAUUCACUGGUGUGAUUUACGUGGCUAUGCGAAUAGAUCGAGAUGCUGCUCCCCUACGGCUAAAUCCUAAUGUCUCAUUGGUCAUUCGUGUGGAGGACAAUCCCAAUGGCGGGCAAACGAAUGAAAUAGAGAUAACAGUCAUUAUUGAAGAUCUCAAUGACAACCCACCAGAAUGUAGCUUGUACAACUUCAGACUUGAGGUAUAUGAAACAGCCACCACUGGGACACUUCUCCUUGACCUGCGAGAUCACUGCCAGGAUAUAGAUGUUGAACCACCAAAUAAUGAAUUUAACUUCACUGGAUUGUCUGGACUUGGAAGUAACAAAUUUACACUGAAUCCAUCUGGCUUGGGAAGAAUUGUGUUGAUUGGAGAUCUGGAUUUCGAAAAUCCAGAUAAUCUAGCAGUUGAGGAAUAUACUUUGACAGCUGUGGUGCAAGAUAUUGCCCAGCCUUACUAUACUAAUAAUAUCUACAUUUACAUCAAAAUAACUCCAAUGAAUGAGUUCUUCCCAGUCUUCAAUAGCCCAUCAUAUGUAUUCAAUGUUUCAGAAAUUACUCAAGCUGGAUCCAGCAUUGGAAAAGUGAGUGCAACAGACAAGGAUUUACCAUUUACUGGAAUCACAUAUUCCAUUGUAGCUGGAGGAGGUACCCUUUCUUACACACAAAUAUUUUGGAUUGACCCAAAUGAAGGAAAUCUGAAGAUUAUAGCAACAUUAGACUAUGAAGCAACGCAGAGGUACAUUCUCACAGUGCAAGCUUCUGACACAGAGAAUCUUGCUACAGUGUCCGUAACCAUCAAUGUUCUUGAAGUAAAUGAUGAAAAACCAGUUUGUUCAGCCAAUACCUAUUCACUGGCAAUCCCGGUAGACCUAGCUGUUGGGACCAACAUUGAGGGUUUCAGGAUAGAGUGUGUUGAUCGUGAUUCUAGUCCCAGAUCUUUCCGGUACUUCAUUAAUUCAGGUAAUGUGAAUAAUCAUUUCACUUUUUCACCAAGUGCUGGCUCCAACAUCUCUCAGUUGAUUCUUGCAUCUAGAUUUGACUAUGACAGUGGUUUGGAUACAAUCUGGGACUACAGACUGCAUGUCUACAUAACAGAUGACAAUUUGCUGUCAAGUUCGAACAGAGCUACAGCCCUCAUUGAAACUGGGACAGUGACAUUAAGCAUCAAAGUUAUCCCAAAGCCGACUACUACCACCACUACUACACCUGCCAUUACGCUUCUGAUCAGAACAGAAAAUGUUUAUUCUGAAUCAGCUUGGUAUGUGCCAUUCCUCAUUUCUGUUGGCAGCAUGCUACUGCUUGGACUGCUUGGAUACCUAGCCUUCCUGCUGGCAAAAUAUAUCCGUACCUACUGUCCACCAAAACCCAAAGCAGAUAAAAGACCACUAAUGUGCAUUUUCUUUCCUGUAGAAAAGAAGAAAGUUAAGAAAGAAGAGGUUUGGGAAAUGACCAAGAUAAACACUGUCUUUGAUGGAGAAGCCAGAGAUCCAGUAACUGGCAAAAUGUAUGAAUACAAUUCAAAAUCUGGCGCCCGAAGAUGGAAAGAUACAAAGGAGUCAGUGGAGCCAGGAAUAAAGGAUCCGCUUGCACAGGUAAUUUCAACUGUCCCAGCAAACAGCAGUGAAGGGAAAGACAGAAUGAGGACUGCAAGCAAGCAAGAAGCUGGAACAACUGGCAGAGAGCUGACAGCAGAGAAUAACAUGGCAACAAAGCCCUCAGAAGGGAAGGCAGAAACUUCUAGCUAGGAUAGCCUGAAAUUACACAAGCCAAAAGAUGGAGCUGGGGGCAGGGGAUCAUCCUCACCAGGCAGGUCACCAGUCCCCCCUCCCAAAAUAUACCCCCAGUUACAGCCAAAACCAGCCUUAAAGAAUGUGGUGUGAAGCUUUUGGGAGCCAUCCCAAAACCUUCACCCCAUCACUACAACAUUAACAGAUUCCACAGACAAGAGGGGCUUGUGCUUCUUACUCAAUGCCUUUCUUAGUGUGUGGGAUGUGGAAAAUGGACAAUACCAUGUAAAUUACACCCAAAUGUAGGGCCACGUUGUCCCUGCGCCUGUGUGGAUGUGUGAACUUGGGGAAAAGAGGGAAGGGUACAAUGAGCUUUCCCAUUCCCCUGUGUGUCACUUCACAUAGGACCAAACCAUAAAUGCAAUCCUCAUGCUCCCCACAACACAAAGACUGUUGGCUAAUGCGGCUAGAAGUAUGAGCCACCCCAAAAAGGUUGGGCGGGAGGUGAGGCCAUGGCCACAGAAGGGAUGGCACACUCUGUGAGUGUGAGUGUGCAUGUGUGUAACCCACACACCUCCUGGGUGUGAUGUUCUUUCCCAUCUACUGGCACUGUGACAACUUUGAGAGAGAGAUUAAUGAGUCUGCUCUACAGCCUUAGCUAAGGGGCAUAUGGCUUUUAGCUCAUGCAGUAGCGGCUCAUGCAUUUAGCGCAAGAGGUCCCCCGUUCAAUCCCGUCCGCCGACAACAGUGGUCUGGUGGUGUUACAUGCGUGCGUGAGAGAGAGAUUCAGAAAGCGUUGUCCCUCCCUUCUGCCUCACCCUGUGCCAGUACCCGAAAGGCAGAAUUGCACCCAGAAUUGCAUUAAAAUGAUGGCGGGUUGGGGAUGUAAAUGUGAACAAGUUUUUAUGAAUUAAAGUGGAAACAAGUUUGUGUCUUGAUCUGAACUUUUCUCUGCCAUGGCGGAGGAGUCCCAAAUACAAAAGCCCUGAGCUCAUCUAAAAAUGCCAGAAAAGCACAAAAUGAAGCUGAUUAUAUAUAUUAAAAAAAAAAAAAAGGC